AUGCGAGUUAUCCCCGUUAGACCAUUGGCACAUUCCAUCUCCUCCUUCCUCAACCAUCUCGACCUCCAUUCUGUUGUGGUCAACAUGUCGGCGUCUUUGACAUCACUCAUCGCAGCCAUCAGCGCGAUUCGCUCGGGCGUGGGCAUCGUUCAGCAUCAAGCGAUCCGCCAUGUCGCCUACUCUCCUUACCUCACGGUGCUCUUGAUCGAAAGCGUCAAGAUCUCUUGCGCAAGCAUCCUCUUGACAAGGGCAUUGCACAAGGAACGCCAAGCCGACCGCGUCGACCAGCAGGCCACCUACACCAAGCUCGCCACAGACGAGAGCGAGGAGGACGACGCGAAUGCCUCGACCGACAAUCUCGUCAGCGAUGCACCGGAAGCGGAACUGCCCAACGCUUCGACCGCGCCUCGAACGCUCUACCACCACGUUCUUUCCCAAAUCUUUGCACGACAGGGGCUUCGACUCAUCGUACCGGCGCUGCUGUACGUGGCGCAGAACAACCUGUGCCUGGUGGGAGCUACCGAGCUGGAUCCUGCCUUCUUCCAGGCGCUGUGGCAGAUGCGUCUGCUGGUCAGCGCUGUGCUGAGUCGAUUCGUGCUCAAGCGACAGAUCCUAUGGCAGCAGUGGGUGUGCAUCUUGGGCAUCUUUGGCGGCGUGCUGUGCGUCAAGUACGCCACCAUGGGUCACGCUCACGGCGAAAAGGUUCAGGUCGGUCACAAGGAGUUGUCUUCGACCGCAUUGGCGACGCUCCAGGUAGCCACGGCUGCAGUGCUCAGUUCGGUGGCGGGCAUCACGCUAGAAUACAUCUUUCGCGAUCGAACCGUUAACCUCUGGGCCUCCAAUGUGCAGCUCAGCGCGUUCUCGAUCCCCUCUGCAGCGGUGCUCGUCAUGCUGUCCGACAAGAACAAGCUUGCGCCGGUGGUGCACGACCUCACGCACAGCUUCUGGCCUGUCAGCGUGGUCGUAUUUGGUGAUUGCCAGCCUGGCUCCGGUCGACAAGUCUUUGACAGUGUGUACGCAGCUUGA